UAUUCAUCCUCCGCCAAUGGAUUCUUUCAGCCUCCGCCCACUUUAGACAAUCAACAACACCACACACCAUCAUCAUCCAACAACAUUAUACGGAGUAGUGUCGGCAUCUUCGAACGGCACCCACUCCUCCUCAAAUCAACACCAUGGCUAUGAUGCGAGUGUGGGUGUGAGUGUGAAUGUGAACAUUGGCAGCUAUUCGUUCUCGUUUUUUCAUCUCUCAUCUUCCAGCAGCCACCCCUCUCAAUCCGCCCCUCUCACACCUAGAUCGGUAUCAGCUUGCGCUAAUGACUAGAUCUUCCCGGCUUGGCUGCGAUCUUAUGCCGAGCCCGGCCCAAUUGUAAUCUCAGCAACUGGCCUCGGAAUCUGAGUCUCCCAGUGUCAGGAUGCUCGGGGGUGCCAGUGUGCGUGGGCGUGAGAUCAAAUAGCAGGACUCGAGUGAGGGGUCUCUCGCUCGUCUGCAGCCAUGAACCACUAGCUACUGAGACCGAAACCAGCAAUCUUGAUUCCUGGACCCCCGGGUUUCACAGUGCCCCAUUCAAUCAAUUUCUUGCCAGUUUUGGCUGCCCGCUAACCUGUUUGAUAUAUAUCUCCUCCGCCUAUAGAUCGUGCACUGGUCCUGCAUACCUGAUCUUCAUGCUAAUCGCGCUCUCAUUUUUUUUCUGCCUGCUGCAUGUCAAUCCCGUCAUUGGUCUGGGUGGCAAGCUUCGAUCCCCCCUUAGCGGGAUCGAACUGCUCUCCCUCGUGCGUCUCGGAUGCCCACUGCUAUCCAGCUGUAGGGACCUACCAGGAUUUUCCAUCGGCGCUACCCCCCCAAUGGAAAACCCCAUCACCGCCAGGUUGGCCCUCAUUCAGGUAAAACCUGGUCGUUAACCACGCCUGGAUCUUAUUGUUUUCCUCUCUUAUUUUCAAUAUUCUUGACAUUUGCAACAAGAUGGUCACGGUUGAUCGGUAUCCAUAGAAACUGUAUUGUACAGCCGUCAUCCAUAUUCUUUUUCCGCCUCUCCUUCUCAACCUCCUUCAAAGCGCACCACGCAUAUCCCAGUUUCAGCUACAGCAUUUGGCCUGUUUAAUUUAUUUUUCUUCCUUUUUUUAUUUCCUUUUUUCCUUCUUGAUCAAUUCCAGAUCUUUGAAGGCUUACGUCGCCUUUCCCGCCAUGAAGGCCGUUUUAUCUUGAUAUUCGUCUUGUCAUCGUGGUGAAAUCCACUGUCUGUUGCGUCACGACUAUUAUUGUUUUCCGUUUUCGUUAAUUUCUCCAGCUCUCCACUUGCUGUUUACUGCUCCUACAGCCAGCGAACCUGAGACAGAGAUCCAUGUGGCCAGAUGCUAGUUUCUUCUUUUUUUUUUUCCCCCCGAGAAGCCUUAAUCGGAUAUACAAGGAGAUUAUUUGUAAGAACUGCUCUUGUUAGAAAACAAGGUUCUCCUUAUCUAUAUCCUUUCUUUUAUUAAUUUCGAUCUGCACCUAAGUUUUCUGACAUAUGCAGGCAAUUCUUGUACAGCUUCAUCCCGGCCUCGUCGCGUGCCAAUAGUGCAGCAAUAUUCAAGCCCUGCUUACUCGUUAUUUACCUUCCCAUCCUCCCCGUUUCUAUCCCCUCAUUCUUGAAUCUUUUGCAUCCAGCUGUGAUUUUGACCCUUAAUUGAAAGGCUGCUGAGCUGUAUGGUUGUGUUGCUGUACUGGAUCUCUUUCACAGUCGUCCGCCUCCAAGUCUCGCAUCGUGUUUGCCAACACCAAAAACGGUGGCAAUGGGAAACACGCAAUCCACGCAGCCAGUUCAUCCCCACAAGAGCGCUCGACGUUCCAAUCGCCUUUCAAAGGCCCGGACCAAUCACGCAGGCAAUCGGUUGAGGACCACUUGGGACCAGGAGCUAUUUCUCGAAUCCCCGCCUCUGAGCUCAUACAGCCCGUAUAGCCCAUACAGCGCACACAGUUCACCCAGUCCAUGGCUGGAUCCUCAGCCCGUGUGUUCCCCAGAGCUAAGGCCUCCGAUUGACGAAGUUAUCGCUGUGGAACCCUCUUCACCGGCCUCCCUUCACCCUAGCCACGCUUCGGGAAGUCAAUGUACUGGAGAUGAUGGCAGGACUCGAGCUAAUUUUGGGGAAAUAAUGGGAGAAUUCAAACGCCGAAUGUCGAGAUCAGGAUCACGGACAAGAGGUGCUCUGUUUUCUCAUGCGCCGGAACUAGAUAAAUUGGAAACCCGAUUUUCCCAACCUAUGCCAGCUAGGGUGAGUAGCGCCCAAACAGAAGAGCCGGAUAGGGCAUUUGGUCUAGGAGUGUCUACCCGGGAUGGAUUCGGUCCUCCUGAAAGUCAUCGAUUCCCGUCAAUCCGCAGGCUUUCAUUGUACAAUCCUGGAAAGCCCGUAAGAUCUCCAAAAACCUUGCUACAGACCAUCUUUUCGCCACGCAGUACCGUACAGGAGGGCCCGGCCUUUUCGUACUGGGGACGGGACGGUCAUGCACCAAUGCGGCGGACCUCGACGGAUACGUUAUUAUUAUAUGAAAUGACUCACUCUUCCCCCUUACGGGCAUCGACUCCCAGUGAUCUAGAAUAUUCCCACUUGGGAAGGCUGAAGCUUGGCUCUCUUCGCGUUGUUAAUGGCAGUGCGUCUCCGGCCCCAAGUGACCGAACUCCCAUGAGCGUUAGACGACAGUCAUUUUCCGACAUGAAAAGCGUACACCUGGAUCAGCGCAACUCUACGGAUUUGCUACGGAGCCGAAGUCGAGAUUGGUCGGAUGGUUAUUCUUCAAACAGUUUACCACGGGCGCCGCAUGCUCGAAGUUCACAUCUCGAGCCGUCGCCUAGCAGAUUAAGAACACCGCGAAUUAACCGCAGUAAAAGCCCCUUGAGAUCGGAAUAUGGCCUUUCAGAAACACCGUCCUGUGGAAAACAUGACUCUGGUCUCCCAGUGUUUAGGCUCUCCUGGCCGAAAAAUGCUGAGACAUUCCUUGGAAUCUCUUCUGUUCCCGGGAGCAUAAAAGAUCAACCCUUGGAUUUCGGCGCAUCUGCAGGUCCGUCGGGUGAGCCUAAUCCGGCUCUACUAACAACUUCCAAAGCGAAUGGAUUUAGUAAUCACUUAUUCAAAAACAAAGACGAGAAAGUGGUACUAACUGAGAAGAACGAGUUUGUUGAACGCGAAUGUAACGUCGACUUGAAUCGAGGCCGCUCGGUGGAAAGUUAUGCCUGUAAUAGUACUAGCAGAGUGAAAGAUCAAAAAACGUGCCCGUUGACCAAAGCUGACAGCGGGUACAGCUCUGCUUCUUCAAAUCGAUCCUUGCGGCGUCACCAACUAGCAUUGACUAAAGGUCGUGAAGGCACAGAUGAGGCAACUGGGCAACCAAAUGUAAUUUCCUCUGGGACCACCAAAGCCAUUGAAGAGUGUAUUGAAACAAGCCCUUCAAGACCCACUUCUCGAAGGAGAUCCCCGUCGGGAAUGCCUCCGCCAGUCCCGCGGAAGGAUACGCCUCCUGCUUCAAAAACCCCGAACUUACACGAACAUCGCUCGAGAUAUGAGGAAGUUGAUCGAGCUCGGCCUCUAACAGUUCAGGCAAACGCUAGCUUUUCACAGCGCAUGGCUCACAUCGGAUCUUCAAUACUAGCCCCACCAGUGACACCUAUCCUAUCUCCAACGCCGCUGGAUAAGGGCUUCCACUCAUUCCUUAGCGAAGCUAUUCCAGAGACGGAGCAGAGUUCCUGGUUAUGGAGUCCUGAUCCUUCUCAGCACGAUCCCCUUAAGAACUUGGAGGCUGACUAUGUCACUCCCACUGAGAACCAAGUGAACGAACAUACGGUCCCCAUUCAUCGAUCUACUUCCGUUCAGAACAAAAAGUCGACUGACUUUGCCAAUCUUUCUCAUCCGUACCCGCUUCAGGCGCACAGACUCCACCGUCCACAGUCAAUGGUAAAUUUAAAUGAGAGUACUUCGAACUUAAAAAUGGACCACCAACCUCACAGGCAGCAGCACCAGCGACAAGAACAAGAGCAGCAACAAAGCCGCAGUGGCGUGCGAAACUCUUUCUUCCGACAUCGAAACCGUAGCAAGAAGCGAAACACGGUCCCUGGAGACCGCACGAGCUUCUUCGGCCACAAACUAACUAGAUCCAAACCCGCCACUAAUAACCCUACAUCUCCAACCACAGCAACAGAAUCAGCCCCUCGCCACAGAAACCUUCCCAUCUCAAACCUAGACCGUGAGCUGCCUCCGACUCCGGCUCCUGGGCCCGAGCAUGAAUCGGUGAUAUUGGGCGACACCCCACCAUCCCGCCGGGUGGACUCUAGCGACAAUAGGUGCCCCGAUUAUAAUAACUAUAAUAUCGAUGAUGGCACGGAAUAUAACCGUUCUCCCUCCAUAUUUACAGGCCCAUUCCCGCUUCAGAAUUCGAAGAGGGUUAAACCGAAGAGGAGUUUUGUGCGCGGAGUGGAAGGGAGGAGGAAUCCGUUCUUUUGUGUUGGGUUGCCGCAGUCACAGUCACAACCACAGCCACAGUAGACUCAGGGGCUGAGUAACCUGAGUCAAUUUGACUUCUUUGUCCUGCUUGCUUGCUGUUUAACCUGUGUGUGUUGCUUAUAGUACGCUGGAACUUUUGUUCAUUAUUUAUUCUUUUGCAAUUUUUAUUACGAGUUACCCGUCCUACUCUUGUUGUCUCUUUCUUCUCUUUUCCUUUCGAGGAAACAUCAUUUCACAAUUUAUUCACAUAUAUAUUCUUUUCAUAGUUGACGCAACGCUAGAAGAAGGUUGAACGCAUAUAACGAUGCCAGUGAGCAUUCGCGAAACGGCCUACCAUUCAUUAUUCAUCUACCCUAUUUGGACAUGUGCUAAUCCACCUAGUUGAUUUUACCUUUAUUCUUUCUUUGCUGAGGGGCGAAGUCCGAUACUUGCUUGCCCUCUUACACCUUUUUGUAGUUGAAACACUCAUCAUAUCCACUACCACACUCUCCUUUGUCAUGUUGUUUAUUCCAUUUUUGAUAAAAUUUGUUCACCUGUUUGCCCGGUUUUCCUUGCCGUGCCGUGACCUACACAAUUUGUCUACUCUUGCACAUUAUCUCCUUUGUUCUUCUCCUAUAUACCCGUCAGGAAUUAAUAUUACAAUCGUUUUAUUUGCUCCUACUCAUACCGUGUCUAUUAUGAAAACAUCUUUAAUUCCAGCUUGCUGGUACUCGAUGUUAUGGGAACUCAAUCGAUAAUACUGAAUAUUAAUGGUUGGGAUGUGAGAUGUUGCUAAUAUACACUCAACUGCUCAAUUUGUGGAAAUUACUCGUAUCUUUUCUUGACCAUCUGGCGACGUCAGAAGAUUUCUCACACAAACUUCGCACACAGCAUUUUGGUCACUUCGCAUUACAAAUUAUAAUUAAACAAACGCUAGCAAAUGCAAAAACGCAACGAGGAACCAGAAUCAAAAAUCAAAACAAACUCAACUCCAAAAUGCUAAGAAAUGUCAACCCCCAGACCGAAUUUGAAACCACGUAAAUUAGUAUACAUCCCAUCAUUAUCUGAACACUACCCACCGCUGCCUUUAGUCAAUAUUAAUCCUCUUCGAAGUCGGCGCCGACGACUUCGGGAUGACAACCGACAAAAUCCCAUUCUUCAAACUAGCCUUCACACCAUCCUGAUUAACCCUGGACGGGAAGCUGAAUGUGCGACUAAACUCGCCCACAGAGCGCUCGCAGACCCAAUACUUCAUCCCAUCACGAACAUGCUGGCCGACUGCCUGGGAUUUGCCGCCCGUCUUCGUCACAGCGGUCGUCGAGGUCUCCGGCUCUUCAUCCUCAACGGUUGGUUGGCGGGGCUUUCUGGGCCCGGGGAGGGCUCCGCUGGCGGAGGGAUGCUCGUCGCCACCGGAAGAGGCGGAGUACUCGCGCUCUGAGCGGCCCUUGACGACGAGGGUUUGGGAGUCGGUGAACUCGAUGUCGAUGUCCUUUUGGCUGAUGCCUGGCAGCUCGCCAUCGAGGUGGUAGGCGUCCUUUGAUUCGCGGACGUCGAAGCGCGGGGCGAAGGUGCGCAUGCCAGAGGUGGAUUCAGAGCCAGAACGGUGGGUCUCGUAGUCUUCUAGAAGACGGAAGAGAGGGGUGAAUUCGCCAGAGGGGAAGCGGGAGAAGAAAGACAUGUUGCGGGUUUGGUUGUGAUUAUGGAUCUUGUUCGUAGUAGUGGUGUAGUUGUAUGGAGUUGCCGAGGCUGUUGUGGCGAGUUUGGAGACGCGGUAAGCUGGGGAAGCUAGGUAUCGCUGGGAUGGCAGUCUGCUCUUGAGAGAUUUAAUAAUGGCUGGGCGAGAGGACAUAAGAGGGUAUAUUGGGCUG